CCAUGUACACGUGUAAGUUAAAAUUGAAUGUCAUGAGAGCAAAAUGUGUAUGAUUUAAAUGAAACUUGGAUUACAUAUUAGGGAAUCAGUUAAUGAAUUAUAUUCAUGAAAUCAUCAGUAACACGAGCCGUUAGAAUGCGUGUGUCAACAUUUGGGUACCUGCUGGGUACAUCAGUGCUGUGUGGCCUCAUGUACAUGCUGUAUAAAAACCAGACUCGGCAAAUCACAGCGUCCGAUGUCUACAUGCAGGCUCCGCCUACCGGGUCACAUGAUCAACAUAUGGUUGCGGCGUUUGAGCAGAAACGACAGUUUGCUGUACAUGAGCAGGAGUUCCAGCCAAUGGUUAUACCUUUCUCCCGGAACGAGUCAUUUGAUUAUAAAUCAGCCAUGCAGAAACUGAAUGAUGCGAAAGUAAAUGCAGAUGAUCCAAGGCUUAUCAAACUGAUCCGGGAUUACUACAUUGAUCCACCAUCGACGGAGAAAUAUAACCUGGAUAUUCCAAACAGGCUUGAAUACUCAAAUGGCCAGACGCCCUUUGUGGAUAGUAGGCUUAACUAUAUGGAGGGUGGAUUCUACAUUGAGUGUGGUGCGCUGAACGGAGAGAAAGGUUCAAACACGCUUUUCUUCGAGAAGGUUCGGAAGUGGAACGGCUUAUUGGUGGAGGCUGACCCUUCCAACUACGCCCUUCUCAAGGCGAAGCACCGGAAGGCAUUCACCAUGAAUGCCUGUCUUAACACAGAACCCCACCCUUCUGUGAUGACUUUCAACAAGGCCUUCAAUCGAGGCCGCAUAGUGCACGGGAAGGAAAGCCAAGACUGGAUAAAGAAACAGAACAUCAAGAAGGAUGAAGUCUCCAUACAGUGUUUCCCGUUGUAUUCCAUACUUCUCGCGCUCAAUCAGCUCACUGUUGAUUUCUUCAGUCUUGACGUCGAGGGUGACGAAUUGCGGGUUCUUCAGACCAUUCCGUAUGAUAAAGUUGACAUUAAAAUGAUGACAGUAGAGUAUAUUCAUGAGACCGGAAAAGGGACAGAUUUGAAGUCUUUCGUUGAGAGUAAAGGCUACGAGUCCAUGCUGCAAGUGAUGAGGUGGGAUGGAGGUGUGAAUGAUAUUAUAUUUCGAAAAAAAGGUCUCAAUCAUUGAAGGCAAUACUUGCCUGUUAAGAUGUCUUACUCAUUAGGAAAUCCCACUAGGAAAUCCCACUCAUUAGAAAUCUCAUAUUAAAAUACUCACUGCUCUUGUGAGGUAGAGUUUUAUAAUUUAUUUUGCUUAAUUAAUUCUAGUUUUCUGAUACUUUUUUUUCAUCCAUAUUUUAAUGAAAUUCUUGGCCAUAGUGUUUUUAAGAGUAUGCAAAAAAAAUUAUAACAUCGUUGGGUUGCACAUUUUAGCUUGCCUAUUGAUCAAAGGAAAGACGUUAAGGUAUUGUAAUUACCAUGGUCAUGCAAACCUUUUAUCAUUCAAAAUACGUUCAAAUCUGAGCAUUGGAAUUUGCUUCAUAGCGCUCCUGUUUCAUACAAAAUCAUACAAACAUUUAAAGAUAUUCAACAGUUUUGUUUUAUACCUAUGCCAGCAUUUGGCAGUUUUUAUUGCCUUCUUAAAGGUGAUCUUUUCUUUGCAAUCAUAUUAUUGUAAUUAAAUUACAACAGUCAUUAUACUCUUGAAUUCCACAUUGCAAAGUGUUCAUACCUGGUCUUAAUCUCAUGGUUAUUUUCUCACUAUCCGUAUCAUACACAUUGUUCACAGAACAUGUUCUAUUGUGAUGUACAGGGCUUCUGUUAAAGGAAGUUUGAAAGUAUAUUUCUCUUUAAAAAUAGGUUUAAACUUCUGAAAUUGAUUCAUUGGAAGUACAAUUUUUUUAUGAUUUUGAAUAAAACUUUGAAAGUUGAAAGCUUCGAAGUUCAAAAUAUUGAAACCUGGUGUGAAUAUUACUUUUAUGGUAACAAUUUCAAUCGGUCUUCAAGUGAAAUUAAUUGUUAUAAUAUAAAUCUGUGAAUUUGGCAAGUUAAAAUUGUAAAUUAUUUGAUUUUUUAUGUUCUAGUUGAAAAAUAGAGUGACUUGAACUUCCCCAUUUCAGUGAAAAAUGUCCAAUAUUGAUGGACAGGAAGUGCAUACUUCCAGUUUCAAAUUCUUAAUGGAAGCCCUGGUGAUGUAUUUAAGGUUCAUGAAUAUAAUAUGAAUUUUUUUGUUAUCCACACGUUUUACUAUUGGUUGUUGUGUUCUAAGAGUCUACACGUGAUAAAAAUGUCUUGGAAUAGCUGGUAUGGACACAAACGUAGAUUUUAAAGAAAUAUGCCAAGGCAAUAAACACAAUAUUUAUUAACAUUAUAUUAUAUAUACAUGUAUGGCAUUAUAUUUAAUGUGUUUUGUUUCAUAUUUGUCCUUUUGUUUGCCUUUGUUGGCCAUUAAAUUGUUCUCAUUAAGCCAAAAAACAAGAUUAUAUAAUUUUUAACAGAUACAUUGUAUGUUUAUAUGGCUACAGUAUUAAGAUUUAUUUCCAUUAUUGACACCUACGUUCUACUGUACAUUUUAAAGCAUUUGGCCGAUUGUUCAGAACUUUGUUUAAGUUAACGACGUGAUUAACGACAUUGUCAAAAGGUCAUAUAUAUAUCAAAUUGGACAAUUUUCAGGAUUUAUUCUCUUCAAUACUUUCUAUUCUUGCGCCUGUUUAUAUGUGACAAGGAGUACAUGUAUUUUGAUUGAACAAAAACACCUGAGUGUCUAUCUGUACAAACUACAAUUUAUGUAUAAAUUAUUACAGCAUUAUUUUAUGUAUUGUACUUGGAGAUUUUAUUAAAAUGUUUAGAGGGUUUUUUGUAAAUAAAUACGUGGUUUGUAUACAUGUAACUGAAAUAACUAUCAAAACUAUUUGUCAUGCAAGAGCACUUUAUGAUUGCAUUUAUGUCAACUGGAUGUAAUAAUAAUGAAUAUGGAUUAAAAUGUGUCUAUUUUUGGCAACAAAAAGUGUUAUCUGAACACGGGGCAGUUUCAUAUCCAGUUCAUAGAAAUCUCUAAUUGUCAAAAGAUUUCUAUCUUUAAAUUUCAGUGUGUUUUUUCUCUUAAGGGAAUGGUGGCGGAGCCUUUUGACAGGGGAAAAAUAGGGUCAUGUUGAUAAAAGGGGAAAAAUACUCACAUGAUUAAUAAAAUGUUAAGCUUGUUUUCAAACCUGUUGACAAACUUAUGAAUAACACUAUAUUGUUACCUUUGCUUUCUUUUCUGCAAAAAAGAAAAAAAAGUUUGUAACCUAGCUCGAGGAAAAAAUAUACUUUUCCAGAAGGGGAAUGGGGCCUAAUUUCAGUCCCAACUAGCGCCAAAAAACACUGACUUUUGAAACUUAAGAUGAAUUAUUUUUUGUUUUAUUGUUAUCUUUUGUAUAACAUUUGUAAAUGUGAACAAUUUAAGGCAUGAGUUUAGUCUAACUAAUCAGUCUUAAUACAAUGUAGACUGUAUUUCCAAAAAUAAUUAUUCGCAGUGAUUGUAAUUUUUUGGUAAAAAACUUCUAUUGAAUAACAAAAAAAUGUCUUGAAAGUUUUGUAUUGUAUAUUCAUUAUUGUGUUGAUUAUAAUCAGUAUUCAAUUUAGUACAUGAAAUCUUUUGGUGCUAAGAUGAUAUCCUUGGAAUUCUAUAUUGUAAUUUUGCCAUUAUUCAUUUUUUUCACAUUUUGUUAGGUUUAAAAUUGACAACAAAAUUUAAUAAUCGACAAAUGUUAAGGUCAUUAAAUGAUUCCAGUAUUUCACUGGCUGUUAAAUUUUGGACAUGACAGAUUUACGAAAAAUUGUGAAUAUUAAACCCUGAAGAAAUUCAAGCAAUUUACAGUGUGAUAUAUUUGUAAUUAUCUGAAUGCACAGUUAAUUAAAUUUCAUUUAUUACAUACCUGUUCACUUUCUUUUUAAAAGAAUUGUAUGAUUUAAAUAUAAGAUAUGGAAACAGGAAUAAUAAUUGUUUUCAACACUGUGUUUUCUGAUUCCGUAUCACACAGUAGCCGAGUUCACAUGUGCCAAUCAACUUUGUCAAUACUACGUAAAAGAAAUAAGCCACUUUUUAAAACAUGAACAUAAUAUUGCCUAUCUAUUUUACUUAUAACAUAUCUGAUUGUGCUUUUUUAACUUAUCUCUAUCUAAGCAGUUUUGUAUUUUUAUAUAUUAUUAUUGUUCUUUCCAGUUUGUUUUUUCCUUUUCAAUUUGUCACUUGAUAUUGAUAAAUUUCUUUCCGAUAUGAAUGAUGAUUUUGUCAAGCUUUAUAUCUCGAGAUUAUAAUUUAUGUUUACAAUCAAUUUCUUAAUAUUUACAAUUCUUAUAGUUUGAGUUAUGAUCUUGGGUCAGUUUCAAUAAAGAUUUAAUUAGAUCUAAGUUGUGAAUUUAAAUUGUCUUAGUGUCAUAGUGUCGUUAUUUUGCUCUAUAUCCGGCAAAUUGAGCUUUAACCAGUAUUAGAAAUAAACACAAGGUUGGGAAAAUAACAAAAAUAAACAUGCUAGAAUUUGUGCCAUUCAUACAGACUAAGAUUGUUAAAUGGAACAGGGCCCCCUGCAUUGUUAUUUCCAAGUUUCAGAUAUUCAUUUUGUGAUUGUAUUGAUUAUAUAAUUUAUAAAUAAAUUGUGUUCAAAUAUCAUCUGUUAAUUAAAAGACCGUAAUAUUUGUAUCAGUAAUUAAACUCCAAAAUGGAAUCUCUUUUGUUUCAAUAUGUAUUUCUUUUUCACAUGCUCAUGCUGUCAUGUUAUAUCAACUGAGUUGUUUGAAAAUAAACUUGUAAACUUGUAAUAUUUAAAGAUGUUUAUGUCUGUUUAAAUUCAGGUUCAGUUCUACGCUCAGAAAAAUUUCAUGUACAUAUUUAGUUUUUAUCUGUUGAUGUUGUUAAUAUGGAAGUAAAGUGCUUGUUUCUUUUA